CCAGUGCGGGCUGUGCGACACCUACUACAUCGCGCAUGUGAAGGACGCAUGUGCCUUCCUCGGGGACGGCAUGGGCAGGAUCGAGGAGCGCAGUGGACGGGCGUGGUGACAGCCAUAGCCGUGGAGAUGCUGAGGACGGGCAAGGUUGAUGCUGUGAUCUGUGUGCAGAGUGACUCAUCAGACCGCUUUGCCCCUCGCCCCGUGCUGGCUCGGACAGAGGAGGAGGUGAGGGCAGCCAGAGGGGUGAAGCCCACGCUCUCCCCCAACCUCAACACCCUCGCUCUCGUGGAGGCAGCAGGGGUGAAGCGGCUGCUCUUCUGUGGAGUGGGCUGCCAGGUGCAGGCAUUGAGGGCAGUGGAGCAGCAUCUAGGAUUGGAGAAGCUGUACGUGCUUGGCACCAAUUGUGUGGACAACGGUCCGCGCAAGGGCCUGGAGAAGUUCCUGAACGCUGCAAGUGACGAUCCCGAGACAGUGCUGCACUACGAGUUCAUGCAGGACUAUAAGGUGCACAUAAAGCAUCUGGACGGCCGAAUGGAAGAGGUGCCGUAUUUCUGCCUGCCAGCAUCGGACCUUAAAGACGUCAUUGCCCCCUCCUGCUACAGCUGCUUUGACUACACCAAUGGCCUCGCCGACAUGGUGGUGGGGUACAUGGGAGUGCCCAAGCAGCAAGGAGUCCCCAUGACGGACCAUCUGCAGUACAUCACAGUCAGGAACGAGAGGGGGGCGGAGAUGCUAGAGUUGAUUCGCCCACAGCUGCAAGUCACGCCAACUCUCUCCUCGGGUGAUCGCCGCCCGUUUGUGAUGGAGACGGUGAAAGCAGACGACAAGGCGACGGUGGGCACGGAGAGGCUCAACCCUGCUCCCAGACUUGUCGGCCACAUUAUCGCCUUCCUGCUUGACCUGGUGGGCCCGAAGGGGCUGGAGUUUGCACGCUACUCACUCGACUAUCACACCAUCCGCAAUUAUUUGCACGUGCACCGCGUUUGGGGAAACGAAAGAACUCGCAGCUCGCGAUCCGCCAAGCGCACCACGACCGUCCGAUCUGCACUCGCGCAAGAGUUUUCCGCCCUCGAUCGCGUCGACAUUCUUUCCGAAGCGCUACCCUUCAUCCAACGGUUUCAACGCAAGACCGUCGUCGUGAAGUAUGGCGGCGCGGCUAUGAAGGACCCGACGCUUAAAGAGGGUGUGAUUAAGGACCUCGUGCUUCUAUCAUGCGUCGGCUUGCGGCCCGUGCUGGUUCACGGAGGCGGACCGGAGAUUAACACGUGGCUGACGCGGAUAGGCAUUGAGCCGAAUUUUAAGAACGGUCUGCGUGUGACUGAUGGGCCUACUAUGGAGGUGGUCGAGAUGGUGCUUGUAGGGAAGGUGAAUAAGUCGCUUGUGUCGCUUAUCAAUCGCGCCGGUGGCACUGCUGUGGGAAUGUGCGGAAAGGAUGGUCGCAUGAUCACCGCGCGACAGGCUAGCGAAGAUCUGGGAUUCGUCGGCGACAUCUCGAAUGUGGAUACCACUGUCGUCAAAGGGCUGGUUCGCGACGGGAUCAUCCCCGUUAUUGCAACGGUGGCGGCGGAUUCGGAGGGGCAGGCGUAUAACGUGAACGCGGACACGGCGGCAGGGGAGAUUGCGGCGUCGCUGGGAGCGGAAAAGCUCAUUCUGAUGACGGACGUGCCGGGUGUCAUGAUUGAUCCGAAGGACACUGACAGUCUCGUGAAGGAGGUGGACAUCAAGGGCAUUCGCAAGCUGAUAGCAGAUGGCAUUGUUAAGGGUGGCAUGAUUCCCAAGGUGGAGUGCUGCAUCAGGUCUCUCGCCCAGGGCGUGCAUUCCACCGCCAUUAUUGACGGUCGCAAGCCACACUCGCUGCUGCUCGAGGUGCUUACAGAUGAGGGUGCUGGCACCAUGAUCACCGGGUGA